UUGGAAUUUAUAAAGUGUUGAGGUGUAGUGAUGAGCAAGCGGAGAUAGAAGGGCCUAAUGCUAGAUGUGAUGUAAGGUUGGAUGAGAGGACAUGCACAUGUAGAAGAUGGCAAGUCUCUGGAUUGCCCUGUGUACAUGCAAUUGCUUUUAUAGCUAAGAUGAAACUCAAUGCUGAAGAUUAUGCAUCAUCAUACUUCACUGUGGAGAGGUAUCGAGAUGCCUAUUCAUUAAAUAUUAAGCCAUUGCCUGCCCAAGAGGAAUGGAAAAAGAGUGAUAUAGGUUUUAGUGUGUUGCCACCUAUAUUAGCAAGACCUGCUGGCAGGCCACGAAAAAAGAGAAUAAGGGGAGCGGGAGAGAUGAUUAAGAGAAAACACAAAUGUGCUAGAUGUGGUGGUUUUGGCCAUCAUGCAAGAACUUGUAAGAAUACUGUUCCAGUAGAAGGUUCUAGCAUACAAUCUAAAAGCAAAAUAAGAAGAAAAACUAGUGGAUCGCAACAACAAGAGCACGAUUCUGAACAUGCGGCAGCAGCAAUAUCACAGCAGCAAAAAGGGUUAUUUUAUGAUGCUACAUCUUUUCAUCAAGCUAUUAUCUUCUCUUUCAUUUUUCUUAUACUCUUGUUUUAUAUAAUUAGUGAUUUUAAACUUUGAUUUCAGUAAGAAAAGGAAGAGAAAUAGUGGAUCGCAGCAGCAAGAGCUAGCUCAAGAUGUAGCAGAAGGGUCAGUACCGCAGCAAAGGGGCAAUACUGCAUCUUCAAGG